AUGAUCUCUCGCGGCAAAGACUAUUCACAAGAGAUUUUUCAGCUUAUUGAUCGUGAUAUCUUGGAGCAAGAUCUCAUGAUGAAAUUAGCUACGGAAUCUCUCUGUAGGUAUUUUAGACAUCAAGAACAUCGUUUACAUGACAACGACAGCAACCAGCCAGAGCCAGGAAAUGCAGAAGAGCAUAAGCCAAGCGAACUCGAGCUCUAUGGAGUGGUCGCUUUCACAGCAAUAUGA